UGGAUGAAUAAGCCGAAAAAGGUCAAAAUUGAAGGUGCCCGAAUCAACGUACGCGUCCCCGAAAAAACCGACUGCUGGCGAAAAACGCGGCACAAUUUCAUUAUGGACAACGCACCUUUUUAUUGGCACAAGAUUGCCGGCGAUUUCGAAGUGGUGUGCAAAAUUUCAGGCGGCUUCGAAAAAAUGUACGACAAGGCCGGUCUAAUGAUUCGGCAAGAUGAAGAGAAUUGGAUAAUGAGCGGCAUGGAAUGUUUCAACGAUCAAAUGAAUCAUUCCACCUGCAUCACUCGAGACUACACAGAUUGGUCACUUGCUCCGCUUCCUGAAAAUUCCGAGAAAGUGGGAAUCUGGUUCGCCAUCAAGCGCCUCGGAGACGCCAUUGAAACGUUUUAUUCGAUCGAGGGCAAAAAGUGGAUCCAAACAAGACAGGGGCUGUUCAGUUCAGCUCCCGUGCUGAAGGUGGGAAUAGUUUGCGCGUGUCCGAUGGGUGAUCCCUUCAAAGUGAAUUUUGACAUGUACCGCUGUAAGAACAUCUAG